AUGAGCUUUCAGAGCUUCUGGCGAGACUACAAAGUUAUACUUGUUAUGGUGCCCUUAAUCGGGCUCAUACACUUAGGGUGGCACAGAAUCAAAAGCAGCCCUGUUUUUCAAAUACCAAAGGACAACAUUCCUAAACCCGAUAGUCUGGGGCUUGCAAGUCCACCGAAGAGCCAAAUCCCAGGAAAAUAGCAGGCUUGCAUCUUCAGGUAUGAAAUCUAAUGUCAAAUUAUCACAUGGAAGUAACUUUGCUAGGGUUUCAUGUAAGUGUUUCUCAGAUUUUACUGAAUCUGAAAUAACCAUUGAAAUAAUAUUUAAGUAUCUUGACUGUUUCUGGCGUAGGAUAAACAGGUGGUUUUUUGCAUGUUUGUUUGUUGUUGUAGUUGUUUUUUCAUUCAUGCUAUAAGCAGAGGUUCCUGUAGCUUUAUCUUUGAAGAGGGAAAGCUGGCCAGGUUGCUUUCACUUUGGUUGAGCCUCGUUACCAUAGUUACAGCCUUUUUACUAAAUUGGAAGCAGUAACCAAAAUAACACCUUGCAUAACAUCUCCUUUUUUUUUUACCCCUUCUUUGCAUACCUUCAAGUCACCAUUUUGGUCUAUAUCACUAUACUGUCCCACAGUCUACUUUAAGAAGUACAGGGAAUUUUAAGUCUCAAGGCUUACUGUUUUUUUUUUUUUUUUUUUUUUUAACUGCCGCCUUUUUAAGGGAACUGUUAUUGUAUUUAUGUUUGCCCGCUUGAUCUAUAUUAUUUUAUGAGACUUAGACUCUGAGAUGGAAUUACAAAUCAGAUUCUGUUCUGCUUUUUUCUUUGACAGCUAGCACAUUCCUUGGUUUUUGUAUUUAUUGUCAUUAACCAACAUUUGGGGGAGGCGGUUGGUUGGUUAGCACUUUGAAAAUUGAAAGUUAUUCCAUAUUACUAAGUUUUUGUUGGAUUGUUGAACAGAAAUGUUUGCAGUUUCACUAUUUGAACGUCCACUUUGUAUGCUUUAAUUUUGUAACUUGAACAACUAUUUCAAGAUGACAAUAUGUAAUCUAUCAACUAGUGAUUUCUUACUGUUUAAUUUUUUGAAAUUUUGUACUAUUUACCCUUUUUUUCUGUUUUCAUUUUUUUUCUCUAAAUAAAAUUUUUAAAAAAGAAAAUUGAAAGUUAUUGAUCGGUAGUCUAAAGUGAAAGAAGAUUAACUCUGGCACUAGCCAAGUAUAUAAAACAUAGCUUGUGUAUUGAUACAAAUGUGUUAUUUAGAUUUAUUCAACUAAGUGAUUGAUGAAUUUCUCCAGGAAUCUAGCAGUUGUUCAUAAUUAUGAGUAAGAUUUGAUAUAAAUGCACCUUUCUGUUCAAGCCUAGUUUCUAAGCAAAACAAAGUUAUUGAACAAAUCAUGACAUUAAACCUUACUGUAUAAGAAUAAAAACAUUUAGGGCCGGGGAUUUAGCUCAGGGGUGUAAGCGCCUGCCUGGCAAGUGCAAGGUCCUGAGUUUGAUCCCUGGUACCACAAAAAAAAAAAAAAAAAGAAAAACAUUUGAGACUAAGAGACCAGAUUUUUAGUUUAUAACAUACUGUUUCCUCUCCCAGAAGAUAGUGUUCUAACAGCUGUACAUAGCUUUCUAGCUAGAUUGUAUAUUCCAAAAUCAUUGGAAUAUAAGCACUUUUUCUGUAUUGGGGUGUAUUUCUGUAUUGAAGAAUAAAGGAAUAUUAAAUCUAAGUUGAUUUACCUUUCUCAUUUUCUUGAGGCUUCUGCCAUUUGGAGUUUCUUUUUGUAAAAAUAGAGGACAUGAAAAUAAACAUAAAUUGGUUUGAAAUUAUUCCUCUAAAGUGUUUUAUUUUUAUUUCUUCCAGACAGAAGCAGCUUUGAAACUGAGCUUUAUAUUAAAAGAAGAAAUGAAAACCAG